UUAAAAUUUAAUUUUUAUUAAAUUCCUCAAUACACCUUGUCAAAACACCAAGUAAAUCUUCAUUCCAUAAAACUGUUUCAGGUUCAUACUGCUUACCUUAUCCUUGUUAUAAGAUGAUUCUCUUUCAAUCAAAUGUCCAAAAACUAAACAAGAUGACUUUGAAUGAACCCUCAAAGGUCAUCUUCUAGUGGACAUCUGAAAUUGAUGAAGCAUUGACCCUUAAACAAAGUCUGAAGGUAGGCGAUCAAAAUAAUGAAACAUUGAUUCUCUUUUAUCUGAAAUGUUUAGCAGUUCGUUUUUGUUGCUUUAAUAUCCAUGCAUUCUUCCUUACUUUGUAUACGCUACCACAUGCAUACCCAGCUUCAGAGUUGAUUUCUCCCAUUGCUAGAUUACUGAAAAAACUCGAAGAUUUAGUUUGCAAUUGAUUCUUCAAUAAAACACACUGUUUCAAAACAUUUUACCCUACUUCUGUACGGAAAUUAUAGACAAGCUAGUAAAUCAUAAGACAGAGAACUUUAUAAUUCAUAUUCAUUAAAUUUUUGACCUAAAAACGAAGAAUAUCCUUCCAUUCUUACUUUAGCAUUGUUAAAUGACUUAAAAGUACCAUUUAGGUAACAAAAAUAUGAAGACAGUUAGCUUCUCGAAGAGCUAUUCAUUGCAAUGUCCUUGAAUGAUAAGAGAAGCCUUUUAAGUAUAUGAAAUUGACAAGUAAUUCUCAAUUUACCGGGAUCAGCGAAACAAUAUCAUACACACGGCAAUGGAAGAAGAAAGAGGAACGCAUGGAGCAGCAAAAGAAUUGAAGCAGAGGGAAAGACUAUAUGCACGUCAAUUGAAGAUCAAGAGAGACGCAAAGAUGGCUUUUGAGACAAUUGCAGACGAUAACUGGAAUUUCAUGGUAGUGGAUUUUGAAGCAUACGAGCGGGAUCAAAAAGUUAUUACAGAAGCUGGCAUCACGACAAGAAUUGGUGGGCAAUGGCAGUCAUCCCACAUUCGUAUUGCGAAUUAUUCACAUCUUCGAAAUGGGAAGUAUGUUCCUGAUGAAGUAGACAACUUUCGGUUUGGACAAUCUGUUUUUCUUACGAAGGCAGUACUCCGGGAAAAACUAAGCGGAAUGCUUCAAAUCCCCAAUUUAAUUCUAGUUGCCCAUGGAUUCACUAAUGAAUUAAAAUACUUGCGACUAUUGGGUAUUACUAUCCCUCCUGAAGUCCGUAUGUUGGAUACGCAAAAUGUUUUUUCCUAUUUUAAAGCAUCCAAACCCAGUUCCAAUCUUUCAGACGUUUAUGUAAGUCUUCGUGCUAUGCUAAAAGUGCUUAAUAUACAUCCAUUCUGCCUUCAUAACGCAGGAAAUGAUUCCAAGUAUACGUCUGAUGCAUUGCAACUGAUGGUUGCUGCUUUUGACAACUCAAUGUUUGAAGAUAUGGCCCUUGAGAUUUAAUGAUUUUUCUUAUAUACAUUAAUUAAUUGCAAAGCUUUCUGUUAAUAUCUAUUUUCUUUCCUGAUAAGAGCCUUUCAUUCCUUUUUCCAAUGUGCCGAA